AUGUCCUCUGCAUAUGCCUCACGCAGCGCAAAGGCGAAGAACGCUGCGAAGAACAAAAAGUUUGAACUGACUGAAGAGCAAAAGCAGGAGAUUCGUGAGGCUUUUGACCUGUUUGAUACGGACGGCAGCGGUACCAUCGAUGCCAAGGAGCUCAAGGUGGCCAUGCGUGCAUUAGGAUUUGAACCUAAAAAGGAAGAGAUUAAAAAGAUGAUUUCGGACAUUGAUAAAGAUGGCAGCGGCACUAUCGACUUUACAGAGUUUCUAGAGAUGAUGACGUCUAAGAUGAGUGAAAAGGAUUCGCGCGAGGAGAUUCUCAAGGCUUUUCGACUAUUUGACGACGAUGAGACGGGGAAAAUUUCCUUUCGCAAUUUGAAACGCGUUGCUAAGGAACUUGGUGAGAACAUGACAGACGAGGAGCUACAAGAAAUGAUUGAUGAAGCCGAUAGAGAUGGCGAUGGUGAAAUUAAUGAAGACGAAUUUCUGCGCAUAAUGAAAAAGACCAGUUUGUAUUAA